AUGGCGCACAUGACAUUCCCAUUCCCGUUCUCCGGCUGUCUUGACGCAACUGCGGGCGCUCCGGCGCUGAGCCGCCUUCCUAGCCCGCCGGACGGUACCUCCGGCGGCGACACUACAAAGUGGCGACGAGGUGAAAACAAUGCGUACGUCGACGUUGCCGCCGGAGACACCGCCCGGCCCGCUCUGAAGAAGAGCCUCCUGCUGAAUGCACUGGGAGUUGAAGGCCUGGAUGUUUAUUGGACGCUACAAGCUGCCCAGGAACAGGCGGGGAGCGGAGAUGGCACUCGGGACGAAGGGUUACACCCAAACUCUUCCGCUCCUUCGCCAAGUUUGGAUCCUGUGAGAACACGAGUGUUCCACAAGCAACAGGCAACUAAGCAACGCAUUGAUUCUAAGCGUGGAGCAAAACCUCCUAAGCUACAGGUGGGCCUCAGAGUUAAAGUUCGUCUGCCAGGAAAGCAGAAUAAAUACAGAGGUCCUUAUACAAUCCUUAGUCAAACUGGUUUCAAUUCCUUUCGCCUUAGUGAUGGCAACGUCUGGAAUGCAUCAAAGCUGGUAGUUGUUCAUGCUGAGCAGAAUGCAACUCCACAGCAGAAUUCAUGUCCUCCACCUAACACAUCUUCUAUGCAACAACAUAAUUCCUCCUCACCUCCAUGUUCUUUUGCAGUUCCACAGUUAGUGCGACUUCCACUAACCACCUUGCAGGCACCUUCACAACAAUCGGCUGAUGUGCCCAGCCCCAAUGCAACGCUUCUCGAAAGGGGGAUAGAUACGUCGACUAACAUGCCGCCUACGGAAAAUCUUGAAACUUUGCCGCAUUCGCUCUCCGAUGAGCGUGUAGCUGAGCCCCAAGGCUCAAAUUCUUCUACUGACCGAUCCCUUCGUCCCAAACGGCACCGAAGAAAGCCGACUCGAUACAAGGACUACGUUCCUUGAUAUAUAUAUUCUUCAUAAUACUCAUGUUUCACAUACUUAUACACCACUUUAUAUACUACUUUCAUAUAUUACUUA